CGUGUGGCACUAUCAGCUAUUUGCACAUGUUUCUAAGUGUGUGUGUGUGUGUGUGUUUUUUCACUCACACUCCAAACUGUCAGACCUCUUGCAUAUCAACGCGUAAUAAUUUUUUAGGUACAAAUUAAUACGUUUUCUUCAAGAAUGUCUGCUUCCCUAUUUGUGGUCAUACUGGGGUUGUUUUGCUGUAGCAAGGAGAGCAGUCAGUCAAUCCUGGGGCGUCCAGAGCUUAUGGGCCCUUCAGUGGCUUUGGUGAAAAGCAUUGCUAAUUUUCAUUGUAAACUGGAAAUCUAUCCGAAGAAUGUAACGAUCCUGCUGCAGUUAUUUAAGGAGGGUGACCGUGGCAAGGAGUUGGGCUUUUACACCUCCCUGAAUGGGGUGGUUGCAAACUUCCCCAUUGUAGUUAAACCUAACCAUGAGGGCAACCUGGAGUGUGUGGCCAAGGCUCAGAACAACUCUGACAUAGAGCCCACUGUCAGCUACACUCAGUACCUGAAGGUCCUUGAACCGGUGAAUGAGGCAGAGAUUGUUGUCAGUUCAGGUCCAGAGGAGUUUUUUGAGGGGAAGAGACUGAAUCUUUACUGUAAGCCCCACGCUGGAAAUCAUGUCUCCUACACGUGGCUGCUGAACGGUCGGCUUGUCUCUCCGUCUCGUCUCCGCUAUGUUGUUGUUGAUGACCAUCUCUCGAUCUACAGAACUACAUCUGAAGACAGUGGCUCCUACAUUUGUAUUGCCACCAACCACUUUAACGAAACAGUUGUCUUCUCCAGCAACAGCUCUGAAGUGGUAAUCACAGUCAAAGACCUUGUGUCAAUCCCUGACAUCUCCUUCACCGUGUUAAAGGAAGAUUCCCACAACUAUUCUGCCGUGGUCGCCUGUCAGACCGCAAAAGGGUCUCCACCUGUCACCUUUUCGCUAUACAACAGGACAGAAUUGGUUGCCAAUACGACGGUUGAUGAUAGAAACGCCACAUUUAAGCUCCCAUUGGUCUUGGACCGGCCAAUGGGAUGGCUCCAGUGCCAGGCAAACAAUGGAGACCGGAUUGAGUACAGUCAAUGGAUUCCCCUAGAAGUGGUCCCGGUUGGAGGGCCAGUGACGAUGCAUUACGACUAUGAAAUUGGAGAAAACUAUGCUGUGAUUGACCUGAGGUUCUACUGCAAGGCAGCGAAGGGAUCUUUUCCACGGUACCAGUGGUUCCUCAACAAUACCCUCCUGCAUGGUCGAGGAAGCUUCUACUAUGUGGUCAACCAGCAUCCAGGAGAGUCCAGACUCCUGCUGUCUGUUGGGAGGAGCAGUGCUGGAACGUACCAUUGUGAAGUGUCCAACAGCUUUGACAAUGACACCACCAUAAGCAGCAAAAGGCUGUACAUGGAUAAAGAAGUGCUAAAUCGUUUCCCUGUCUUGGUGGUGGCAGUUGUCUUUGGAUGUUUCACAGCCCUGGUUGUCCUGGUCUCCAUUUGUUGCUGCAUUGGAGGGAUAUACAGGCGAAGGCAGUACGGAGAGAAGACUCCGUUGAGCUUUGAGAUGGAGGAAAUGAUGACUGCAUAUGAGGACGAGCUGGAUUUGUCAGAGUACAAUGAGGAUGCUGAUGUAUUGAACACAGCCAGUGGUGCUGAAUUUGAUCAGGCAUCUGAAGCCUCUGUAGAUGAAUGGCCCCAAAUUGAGAAGGAGAAGAAGACGUUGGAGGAUGAACCAGUUGAUGAGCCCUGAGGGUUCAAACUGUUAUAAACAGAGUGCUGGUUAAAUAAACAUUGGUUCAUAAUGCUU